AUGCAUCCCCUUGGUGAACCGGAUUUGAAAGACAACACCGGCCAUGGGACAGCCUGCACCCAUUUACUCCUCAAGAAUUGCCCUACGGCGGUUGUUUACACCGCAAAGAUAUCAAAUCAAUCAACGUUUGAUGAAAAGACAGCAGAAAGAAUUUCCGAGGCAAUUCAAACCGCCAUUACAGAGUGGGAGGUUGACAUUAUAUCAAUGUCCCUCUCUUAUGAAUUCGAGGUAGAAAUCAUCGAUGAAGCUCUUAAGAAUCGUCAAGGGGAUAAAAAGAGACCGGUGUUAUUCUUUGCCGCUUCAGGCAGCUUUGGUAAAGAUAAAGGUGAACACUCGGCUGGGUUUCCAGCCCGCCAUGAAAACGUGAUUUGCGCAAGUUCGUCCACAUAUGAAGGAAACAAAUCAGAUUUCAACCAGGGACCUGAUGAUAUGAAUAGAUGGAAGAACUUCAGUACUAUUGGAGAGAAUCUCUGCGUUGCUUUCCCCGCCGAAUUAAAUCGCGGAAACUAUGAGAAGCGUGUGAGUGGCACAUCAAUGGCAACGUCCAUCAUGGCUGGCAUAGCUGCUUUGGUGCUUGAAUUUUGCAACACUUGGAAAGAACGCGGUGGGAGACCUACGUUGGAAAAGGCUGCCAAAAUGCAGGGGAUGCUGCAAAUAUUCCGUGAGUGUAUGCUAUCAAAUAGCAAUUCCUCAUCUCAGCAGGGCCACCUCAAUCUUGUUCCGUGGUAUCUCUUUGAUGGCAGUUCAUACACACGCGAUUAUGCAUCAGUAGGGAACCACAUUGCGGAGGCGCCGCGACGUCUUUGA